GUCGCGAGCUGUUUGGCUGUUUCCAGGGCAACCCUGAGCUCCCGUCAAUCAAACCUCCAGCAGCAGAACUUCAGCUCUGAAGAGUGAAGGCCGACAUAGACUCACGGUCUCUGCGUUUAAUCCUGAAACUAACGGACAUGUCAGACAGCAGCCAUGAUGGAGCAGAGAGAGACGCUGACAAGCUUCUUUGUAUUGAUCCCAUUGACACCAGCAGUGUGUUUGGAGUGGAUACCCCGACUCUCAAACUGGACCACUGUGACCUCCUCCUAGAUGCGAUGGAUGCUGAGCUUGGUCAGCUGCAGGUCCUGCCACAUAAACAUGAUGCAAUUUCCAGGGAGCAUGAUUGCAGCAAUGCAGCUGUUCUCAGGUGGAGUCAAGCUCUGAGCAAAGACACAGGCUUUGGAAGUACAAGUCAAACAAAUGACACUCCCAUGUCUUGUCUUGAUCUGAUGCACACUCCAACGAUGGAGCAAACCUCAGAGAAUACCACUGACUGCUGGGAAGAUCAUGUCACUCAUGAGGAAACUGAAAACAGGCUACACAGAGACAAGAAGGAAACGGAAUCUCGGAGGGAGCAGGUCAUCUGGAGGUUACAGAAACUGCUUGGAGACACCUGUGAGGAAGGAGGGAUGGCAGAAGAAACAUACCCUCCGUCAGACAGCGUCUGUACUGAGGACUUUGUCAGACGCUUUAAAGAGGAGAUGGUGGAAGUGGCUAUGCCAGACAGUAGUAUGCAAGAGCUAGACAAGGAAGAACAGGAUGAGAGGACGGAAAUGUUAGCUAGUGACGAUUGCCAGAAUGAACAAAAUGGACGAAGUCUUGUUGACAAAAGAUCAUCAGCAACAAUUGGAGAAUGGAGUAAAGACACAGUGACUGCUCACUGUUCCCUCUCAAAUAAGCCAGGUCAAAGAAAGGAACGGAGGAAAUGUCUCUCUGACAGCUUCAGAGUAAACACAUCACAUUUUGUCUCUCACAGGACAGGGGUUGCAGCAGACCAUGAAAAUGUACAGCACAACAACAGCUGUUCUCUUACGGCCAGGUGUUUGGCAGGAGUGCCUGUGUGUAGCUUUGACACCGUGUCCAUUGACAGUGACCUCGAUACAGUCUCCACAGAGCAAGUCAGGCGUCACAUUCACAAGCAGCCAGGAUGGCAAGCUCUUAUUCAGUCUGUCACAGACAUGAAUGACGACUGUACCAACCAGAGUGACCAUGACACACCCACACAGGAAGAAAGCGAUGCUCAGCCUACAUCGGUCCAGACAUCUUCUUGUGGACAUGUACAAAACACAAGUCUGUCUAUACGUAAAGCUCAACGUGACAAGAUAGGAACUUACGGACUUGUAUGCUCAUUGAGUGACAACGAGAAGGACACAGAUGAAGAAAUUAUCCACUGCAGCGGGAGGUCCAGGCCUGAGAGGACGUCAGCGAAGAUGAAGUCCGAUUGGGCCGCGCUGAAAGAGCGACUCUCUAACCUCCGACAAAAAUGUGAGAAAGAAGAGGAGGCACUAAGGUUAAAGAGGACUCAGUUAAAAGACGUUGGGCUCUGCCUCUCUGAACUUCUACAGAAACGGAAGCAUGCCUUGCAGGAAUUAGAGCGACUGACUACAGAGACAGCACAGAUGGAGAAAGACAAGAGGACUUUGGAGUCUGUUCUGAGAGACAGCAGGAUGGAGAAGGAGUCUGUUAGCUGCCAGAUACAGAAGCUCCAGAGGCAGAAAGAGUCCUUUCUCCUGGAGGUUAGAGCUAUGGAAAAAGAUCUUCCAACACUGAGUUCAUGUAAACAGACUCCAAAGGAUGGAUCCUGCAUGAACCGGAACAAUGUCAUAAUGUCAGUGCUGGAGAGGGAGGAGAUGGAAAGACAGCUGGAUAAUGCCAAAACAGAAUUGUUUACUGAGCAGCGACGUGCAAGAGAGAAACUUGAGUCCGUGCAAGAGAAGUUCGAGGAAACUUGUGAGGAGCUUCACAGAGCCACAGACGCUGAGAGCUCACUGAGGGACAGAUGUUUCUGUCUGGAGGAAAAACUGAUGCAGAAAAACCAACAGACUGAGACACUUGAGAUUCAAGUGAGCAAGCUGCAGGGUGAGCUGGGAGAAUGUAAGGACAGGUUAGGCACCCUGGAGAAAAUGUUGGCCCAGAGAGAGCUGCAGUUGCUGGAUUUAAAGGAACAAUGUGGAGCCUUCCAAGCAGAGAGGGAUGGACUGAAGGGGGAGCUACAGCACCUGAAAACCCAGCACUCCAAAGCCCUGAAGGAAGCCCAGGAGCAGACCCACAGAAUGAAGGUAGCUGCUGAGGUUAAAAAGCAGGCUGAGGAGGAGAAAGCACAUGGUUUGAAAGAAGAGAUGCUGUCUCUCACAAGACACAUUGAGUCCAUGCAAAGUUCCAUUCAGCUGAAAGAGGAGGAAGUCAUCCAGCUGAGGAAAUCUCUGCAGCAGUGGAGGGAAGAGGCAAAGAAAUGUGAAAAGGAGUGGCAUAUGGAAGCCUUGGAAAAGGUACACAAAGCUGUAGAGGAAGAGAGGAGGAAGCAUGAAGCAGAAAAAGUGGAGGCAGUACAGGUUCACCGUGGGAUACUGGAAGAGCAGCACAGAAAAAGCCUGGAAAACUUGAGGAGUGAUAUGCAGCAAGAGAGGAGUAAAGCACUGAUUCUUCAACAUCAAGUGGUGGAAUUAAAAGCAAAAGUGCAGGAGUUAGAAAGUGAACGCUGUGCACAGCAGAGAGAGCAGGAGUCUUUGCUGGCUGUGAUUUGCAAAUCGCUGAAAGAGGAGCACCAGGCUGAGCUGCAGCGAUCGCAGAGACAUAUGGCAAAGAGUCAGAGGGCAGUUCUGCGCCUUGAGCAGGAUGUUCAGCUGGCAGUGAAAGAGACUGACAGGCUCCGGGUGAUGCUAGAAGAAAGGGAGAGCAGCCAUCACCGAGUCAUAGCUGAGAUGGAGCAGCAACUCAGACACUGGGCCCAGCAGCUGGUAGCAGAGUGCCAGCAUCUAAACCAUUUAGUGGAACAAAGUGGAGCCAAACAAAGUGCUGGGAAACUAUCUCCCAGUCUUACGGGCACUGAGGCUCUCACAUACCUGAAAACACUACGAGGGCAGCUGAAGCACUUCGUUAGCCACCUACACCAGGAGCUGAAAUCACAGAAACAAACCAAUGAGCAUCUGAGAAAAGACAAGGAGCGAGAAUUGAGCAUCCAGAGGCAGCAGCUGAGGGUGGAGAGAGAUCAAGCCUUGAACUCUAUAAAAGAGCGUCUCAUUCAAGAACACAUUGAGGAGCUGAGCAGUCUGAGAUGGGCUCAUUUGACUGAUGGAGGAGCUGAGGGAGGUGGAGGAGUUGCAGCAUCUCUCCGCAAGCAGCUGAAGGCCAAAGACCUGGAGCUCAGGCAGGUUCAGAGGAGCAUGGCAGAGUGGAAGGAGCAGACUGCAGCUCGUCUGGCAUGCAAGUUUGAGGAAGAAUUCACAGCUGAACUCGAAAGGUGCAAGGCAAAGUUGUUAAGGGGCAGAAAAGCGUCAAAGAGUCAAGAGGAGAGGCACAGAAAGCCUGAGCAGUGUGAAGGAGAAAUGAUGUUUGGUAUGAAGGAAGCUCAGAAAUCCGUUUGCUCUCUGUCCAUCCAUGCUGUGGACUCUGCUGCCUCCCAGAGCCCCUCAGAUGUGACUUCAUUUAAGCUUCUUCGUUACCUCCAGAGCAGAGUGAAGCAGCUCCGUGUGGAAAAUCAGGCCUAUAUGUGGAGUCCACCUCCUCCAUUUACAGUCCCUUCAGAUUUAUCAGGAUCAUAUCUUACAACUAUCGCUCAGGGUCAAGACAGUGCCGGUACUGUGGGCCAAUCGUCAGUCAGGACAGUCUCAAGUGAAGGACAUGAAACCUUACAAUGUGUGAGUCAGUGCACACCAGUGACAUAAUGUUGUUAAAACCUCAAAAGGUUCUUAAGUCAGUGCUCUGUGGCCAUGGAAAUGAAUCAUUGACUGUUCCUUGUGCUUGAGAUAGCAGAUCAUGCAGGUCAUAGUGACAUGAUGCAGUCUUUAGAUCACAUUCCUGUGUGUUAAAGCAGUCAAACUUUAUGGCUUACAGUUGCAGUGAACUGUACAUGAGUGAUGACCUGACAUUUUUCUGGAAGCUGAGGAUCAUGUGAGUUAUGUCAAAUAACCUCAUAAAGCUGGCAGGUCAUUGAGGGAAUCCCUUCUGGGUCCAUGAAAAUUCAGUGCCUCCCACCUGACCAUCUCAGAAUCAGAUGAUUUCUUUUGUGCAAUAGCUUAUAUUGUGCAGCGUAUUUAAUGAAACCAUGCAUAAUUCUUCACGCUAUGAAUAUUUUCCCAGUUACAGGGCCUCUAAGUAAAUUGGGGUGGGUCAAAAUUUCACACUUUAGAAUUUGCCAUAUUUUUGUCCGUAAUUUUUUAACCCAAAUAACUUCUAAAGUACAGAAGAUACACACGUUUAAUUUUCAGGCUUGAAAAACACACCUUAGCUAUGUUAAAACUUCUAUCAAAUCAAUUUUAAAUCCAUUCCAGAUGUCACAAUCUAAAGACGUCUCAUUUUUUUAGCACAAUUUUCUCUAGAACUAACUUUGAGCAUUAAUACCAGUUUUGCAGGCCUGAAAUUUCUAUGUGGCUCCCUCAUGCACAAGUUGCGAGGACUCAAAACUGCUGGAAAGCCAAACACAAAUAAAAAUGGGCAAAAUUUCAAUCCACUCCUUUGUAAUUUGCUGGCCGUUUACUCUGAAAAUAUUCUUAAUAUGAAGAUAAGAUGUUGCAUGUGCUAAUUAAACAUACAUUAGUUCUUGUAUUUGGUUGAUUUUACAUUGAAUGGCCCUUCUAUAAAUGUAAUUCUAUGUUUAAUUGGACAGUUAAAAAUGUUAUAAUGGUUUGUGGCAAGUUCAAAUACAAUUAUGUCUUUGCCAUUUAAUAUGCAUGAUAAAUAUAUUAAUAAAAAAUGUACUGGGA